AUGGCACGCAUGCACACCACGACCAUGGCGCUGGCCAUGUUCACUCCAGUGAGAGUGACAGCCAUAGUCACGAAGCCGGAGCAGCCGCCCGAGCCCGCCGCUCUACUGACACAGCGGCUGCCGGCCACGCACAUGGUACGCAUGCACAUCACGACCAUGGAGAAGGCCAUGUUCACUCCAGUGAGAGUGACAGCCAUAGUAACGAAGCCGGAGCAGCUCCCCGAACCCGCCGCUCUACUGACACAGCGGCUGCCGACCACGCACAUGGCACGCAUGCACACCACGACCAUGGCGAAGGCCAUGUUCACUCCAGUGAGAGUGACAGCCAUAGCCACGAAGCCGGUGCGCGUGCGGCACGAGCUCGCCGGACCAUCGCCACCGGUGCCGCUGCGUAGGGCACGCAUGCAUCGUAAUCGGACGGAUGAUGCGUUUGUAAACUGGGGCAGCGCGGCGUGCACUGGCCGCGCUGAUAAGGGUGCUUGCGUGUGCUUGCAGGCGUCCGUUCAGCGACGGGAGCAGCGGCAGCCACGAGGGAGAGGCUGUGCCAGCUCGGCGCAGUACUACAGUAAUAAAGAAAUGAGGCGCCAGGAGUACAGUGACGAGGACGGGGCCUCGGAGGACACGCCCGAUGAGGAUACGCAGGAGAGCGACUGCGAGGACGUAGGGACGGUGCCUGACGAUGAGGCGGACCCCACCGAGUACCGACGCAGGAAGCGCCAGGUGUUCAGUGACGAGGACGGGGCCUCGGAGGACGCGCCCGACGAGGGUACGCAGGAGGCGAGCGCCCUCGGGGACGAAGGGCCGGGGCCCGACGCCGACGGGGCGGACGGCGCCGACGCCACAGAAUACCGCCGCAGGAGACGUCAGGUGUUCGAGGACUCGGGCGAGGACGAGAACUCGCAAGAAGACAUUCCUGACGAGGAUGAGGGUGAGGAUGAGGACGGCGGCGACGAGGCGCCGGCGCCUGAGGUCGAGGGCGCACCUGACACCCUCGCCAUCGAAUAUCGUCGCAGUACAAAACUGAAAGUUGAACGACUGUUUACUGACUAUACAAAAGAUGUACUUAACGAAUACUGUACUGAUUGCUAUAUUAACGAAGACUCUUCAGGCAGUACAAAUGAGCCAAGUUGCCAAGUGGACCGCCUGUUAGUUGCGCUUCCUCCCCGAGCGGACAGUGACAAGGCCGACCGACCCAGCGCGGCCGCUCGGCGGCGCCACAGUCGCACGCUGCUGGCUGCGUCGCGGCGUUUAGGUGACGCAGCGCGGACACCUACCUUGAGUGCCGACCAGGAUGAGCGGGAUGUCUGCAGCACUGCGGAAGUGCGCCAUCUUGGUGUAGUAGUUGUAGAUGGCGUUGAAGCUCGCCUCGUUCUCCAGGCUGAACACGAAGAUGACGGCGUCCACCCAGGCCGUGAACUGCAACGCGAAACAGAUACCAAAGACUUAGUGGCCGCGUCGCGCCCGAGGCACAGUGCGGCGGGCCCGCGCUGCGCCAGGGAAGGCCGCAUCGGCCCGCGCGCGCUGACACGCCUCCCUGCGCCCCGCGCUGGGCGCCAAAUAGGCGCACGCACCCCGCGCUGCCGCCGCUGUUUGCCCGGGAGGUCAGGGGCACCGCCCGCGACCCACUUCCCUCCGACACGGUCGGGUCGAUACCCCCCGCCACCCUCCUCUCCGUGUGGUUCCUCCUCCGCCUCCCACCCGCUCCAAAAGGCGGUGGCGCGCGGCGGGCCGCCAGGAGCCGAGGUCCCCGGCACCGCGCCAAGGCGCCCCGCCUCCAACCCCGCGUAUCGCUUAAAUACGCUGGGACAUCUCAGCAUUGAUAAUAGAGAUAAAUCUUAUUUUCUUAUACUAUUUGUUAUUGGAUUCUACGAACUAAAUAAAACCUUAUUAAAAUUUUACAAUACUUGUUUUGGUUGUUCGGGUAAUUAUGCUCGAGCUAAACAAUUUAGAAUAUUGAAAGUGAAUUUCUGUUCUUUAAGAAUAAAAUGGUAUUUCUGCAGAAGAAUACUUACUGAACAAAGACGUUUUAGAAUGCGGCGACGAAUUAUAAAUACGAAAAUUUUCAGAAUUCCUUUUGAAAUACGAAACACACUGAAAAAUGCUCACAAAAUAUCCUCAAGUGAUGAAAUGUCCUUUUUCGAGAGCCUAAGUGCUCAAAUAACAGCUCUGGGUUUAUGUUUCUUGGAAGACUCCAAAAUGAGCUUUCUUUCUUUAAAAUGA